AUGGGGACAACAGAACAUAAUGUGAGACAAUGUCAAAAUGCUUGGGGAAUGAGCCCACUCGUCACCGCCUAUUUUCCUAAAAAGAUUAAUCCGAGCGGCAAAAUAAAUGCAACAAAGAUAAUGCCAAUAAAAGAAAUCGAGAUGGCCACAACAAAUCCAACGGAAGGUUCAAACCGAGCACGUGUAGUAGCUAAUGUCGUAAGAGAAGCGUGUAUAAUAAUGGGCUCACAAGGCCAAAAUGACGCCUUGGAAUCUGCUCGUCAGAUGAUUUUAAAUAAUAAAUUACUUACUGAAGCAGAAAAAAAUGCGGUGCUUGAUUUGUUCCAGUCCAACCAGCCCAAGCAACCUUCUUCAUCUUCAUCUUCAUCUUCCUCUUCUAAAUGUUCUUCAUGUAUGUAUAUUAAUGCACAAGCUGCUGAAAUUAUAUCAUUUUAG